AUGUGGCAAGAUGUGUACUUCAAAGAUGUAAUUGUGCAGAUGCCAAGGCUUCUGCAGAUAUGUCAGCCAGAAAAGGAAGGUCGAAGAAAGCGUACCCCACCAGUGAGCAAGACUGUCAAACUGGUAACAAUGGACAAGGAGAAGGCUAAGAGAUAUUUCUGUGUUCUGUUACAGGUUUUGGGAUUUGAAGUUGAUACUGUGAACUCUGUCCAGUUUUCAAACCACACAGGUUAUGCCCACUGGAAGGGUCAGGUGUUAAAUUCAGAUGAACUUCAUGAACUGUACGAAGGACUUAAGCUGAACAAGGUCAACCGGUAUGAUUAUGUACUCACAGGGUAUACAAGAGACACAUCGUUUCUUGCAAUGGUGGUGGAUAUUGUUCAGGAGUUGAAGCAACAGAAUUCUAACCUAGUGUAUGUGUGCGAUCCAGUGAUGGGUGACAAAUGGAAUGGAGAAGGUUCUAUGUAUGUGCCCAAGGAUCUCCUCCCAGUCUACAGGGACAAAGUUGUACCUGUUGCUGAUAUAAUUACUCCUAACCAGUUUGAAGCUGAGUUACUUACAGGCAGGAAGAUUCACACAGAAAAAGAAGCUUUAGAGGUAAUGGACAUGCUCCAUGCCAUGGGACCAGAGACUGUGGUGAUCACAAGCUCAGAUCUACAGGCACCUCUAGGAAAUAACUACCUAAUUGCUCUGGGAAGCCACAGAAAAACUAAAGCAGAUGGUACCAAGAUGACACAAAGAAUUCGAGUGGAGUCUCCUAAAGUGGAUGCUGUCUUUGUUGGAACAGGAGACUUAUUUGCUGCUAUGCUUUUGGCAUGGACACAUAAGCAUCCAAACAAUUUGAAGGUGGCAUGUGAAAAGACUGUGUCAGCCAUGCAGCAUGUUCUGCAAAGGACCAUUAAGAGUGCAAAAGCACAAGCUGGAGAAGGAAACAAACCAAACUCAGCCCAGCUGGAACUGAGAAUGGUCCAAAGCAAAAAGGACAUAGAAAACCCAGAGAUCAUAGUGAAAGCCACUGUGUUAUAAAGGCUGUACGUCUCCAAUAACGCACAAUGUAUUGAUGUCCUCAUUUCUUUCCUGUAAAUUGUAAUAUUUGCCUUAGAUCUGUGACAGAAACCUGACCUUCAUGAAAUAGUGCCCAGCAUAGGCAGAUAUCCACUCUCAAACAUAUGUGUUGGCCUUGCUCAGUUUUAAAAACAAAACAGUUAGUGUGCAUUGAAGCAUAUUACCAGGUAUCAAAAUGGCUGUCAAAUUCACUUAGUCUGUGUAAUUACCCAGGGCAAGAGAGUACAAUGUUCCUGCCUUGCCAAAGAUGUGAAUUUGCUAAUGGAAUGCUUGACUGACUGGAAAAUAUAUUUCAAGGUGGCAUCUAGUGCCAAUAGAGUUGGCUUCAUGCUCCCUUUUCCUGGAGAUAUCUGGUUACCUAUUCUGGUAUUCAGUAUCUCAGCUGCUAUGAAACUAAGCAGGGUUAAAACUACACACAAAGUUCUGGUUGUGUGUAGGAGUACUUUGAAGAUGUUUGGUGUUUAAGUGACCUUGAGGUGUCAUUCAUGUUACUGAUAACUGCUCCUGUUUCUCGUCUAUGAACAGCUGCACAGUUUCAGUUUUUGCAGGUACUGACUGCUUAUUUCUAAUGUCUGUGGGUACCCACAUGAUUUUCUUCCAAAAGCUGCUUCAGAAACAUCUUCAUUAAUAAAAUAAUGUCUUUAUUCAGUAGCACUGAUUAGAAGUUUAUAGUUCUACCUCCAAGGCCAGGUUUGAUUCUUUGUUUAGCUUUUAACUAAGGACAAACAUUCUGUAAGGACGAAAGAGAAAGCAGCUCUUACCCUGAAAGCUGGCCACCCUAGUUUGUUCUUCAUGGGUGGAUGUAUUUACAAACCACAUGGGGUACUUCCACUUAACACUAGUGAGCACUAUUGGCAGGCUUAUCAAUGAACCCGUGUAAUAAAAGUAAUAUUUUUAGUUUAGUAAGGUUUAGUAAGUUACAUAUGUUUACCAAAUGCAGUGAAACAUACAAAAUCAAUUGUUCAUAAUGCAAGUCCCUGCAGCCUACACUGAUUAGAGAUAACAGAAAUGCGUUGUUGUUAUUAUUAAUGCAUCUUUAUUUCAAAAUUCUGCUUCAUGAGGCUUCAAAAUGGGAUCCUUAAUAAUUUCAGUAUCCUAUACAUCACAGCUACAUAUUGUACCAGUAGGACGGAUAUACUGACAGGUAGUGAGUGACCACUCAUACUUCUGUAUGAUUUCUGUAUGGGACUGAGGUUCUUGCCUUUCCCAAGAUGAGGUCUAGUAUGUUGUUAAAUCCAAAUUCAGUUGAUGAGCUUCACUUGUCUCAGACAGCAUAGGGAGGUUAAAAUUGCACUUCUGCUUGCAGUACCAUGAAGCCAAUUUGCAUUAGUGGAAAGGGCUGAGUUUUUUAUGACUACCUGAGUAUGCUCAGGAAACUCACUCUCGGGUAUCUCCCAGAUACCUUUCCUGCAUCUUCCUUAUCACACCUGCCUGACUGACAGUGUCACUUGCAUAGCUUGGGAGUCCCCAGAAGAGCUGGUUUGGAGAGUGCUUUGGCCACCAAAGUCUUCUCUUAUCCCACCAGUUUUGUGGAUUUUCUUCCAUUAUAAAAGUUACUUGGUUUCACCUAGUAGAAAAAAAAAAUUAUCCUUAAAGUGAAUUUUUAGCUGAGUAGACUUUUUUUUUUUUUUCAUGGAGUAAGAUUUCAUAAUUAGUACAUUUGUGAAAUCCCUCAUUUUCAGUAUCUCUGAAGCAGAUCAAAUGUAAGAGAUGAACAUAUUUUGCCAUAAAUGUGAGUCAAACUUCAGACUUUCGCUCUCAACAACUAAUACAAAUUUAAUUUUCUCUCAUGAAUUUGGCAUUAAAAAUGGAAAAAAAAUCAUAUCACUUCAAUUUUAAGGGGAAAAAAAACCCCCACAGAAAUGACCUACAAAACAUGACUCUACUGCCACAGUUUUUAGUAACCACUGCCAUGAAAUAACUUUCUAGCAAUAAUAAUUUUGGUGAUGUGAACAGUUGCUAAAAUUAGCAGUCAGUAACAGAGAUGAGCUCAUGGCUGAUAUCCAACAAGUAAAAAGACAUGAACUAUCUUAACAAUGUGUAUAUAUAGCUGAUGGGAAGCAGUGAAGAACAAGGAGCCAGGCUUUUCUCAGUGGUGCCCAGUGAAGAAAUAACAGGCAAUGGGCACAAACUGAGAUACAUGAAAUUCCAUUUAAACAUUCAAAAAAUAUAAGUCACUGUGAGAGUGAUCAAACACUGGCAUGGGUUGCUCAGAGAGGUUCUGGGGUCUCCAUCGUUGGAGAUAUUCAAAACCUGACUGAACAUGGCCCUGAGCAGCCUGCUGUACUUGACCCUGCUUGCCUAGUGGGGUUGGACUAGGUGAUCUCCGGAGGUCCCUUUCAGCAUCAACCAUUCUGUGAAGUACAAUGAAUUGCCUUUCUCUGCAAGAAAGAAAUCUACAAAUUGAUGCAAAUACUUUUUUUUUUCUUCCUGAGACAGAAACUUCCAGCUAGGAAAUAGCUCAGUAUUAAUAAUUUGCCUCCUUUUUUAGAUAAGCUGCUUGGGCAGUUGUGCCAGGAAUACAGUUGCCUUUUUUGAGACAGUUGGCAUUGAUUAAAUAAGUAUUGUGUGCCAUAUUCCAAACAUCACAUGGAAGUUUAAAAGAUAAACUCAUAGUUAAGUAGUCUAAUUUUAUAAUCCCUACCAUCCUCUUGGGAAGACUGGAUCAGCAUACUGAACUUCCCUGCCUGUAGAUAACAUGGUCAACUUUGUGACGUUAUGCUUGACACCUUCACCCAGCUGUAUCCAGUUUUGCAGCUCCUGUGGGUCACAUACAAAAAUCUUCAGAUGUCCAAGCUUUGAGAUCUCUACUGUGUCCCUCAGAUUGGCAAGAAUUAGAUAAAUCCCAGGAGCAGUUCACAUGGAAUAAAUGACAUGUGAUGUCUGCAGUCCCAUGGCUCCAGCACAGAUCUCAGCUGAGUGUGGAGGUGGCUCCUGGUGCGCUGUGUCCUCUAGCAAGGGCUGUGGCUCACCCCACACCCUCUGCACCAGCGUUCGCUUCAUCGCCAGUCACAUGACAUGUCCCGGUUUGGGAGCUGCCUGGGUCAAAAUGAAGGGUGGCCAUCCCUGCACUAGUGCAGUGCAAAAUUGAGGUGGUUCUGUUGAUCCCCUCAUGUGAAGAACUGGAGAGGAAGCUCAAAGUUGGCCUUUAAAUUUUUUUUAAAGCAGCAAUAAGUAUACACUGUCAAAAUUUGCUGUCAAAGAAGCCCUACUUGUAAGCAUGUACUACAGAAAAGCCCUUUUAGUAAGUGUGAGACAGCACAAAUUUGGCACUAAAAGAAAUAGACUUUCAUAAGGGAACUGAGAGAAAGGCAAGGGCUGUUUUUUUCUGAAAUAAGCAUGGAAUUUAUGAAACUUAAAGCUACCUUGCAAACAAGGUAAAAACCAUAAUCAACUGUGAUCUUGCAGUAAAAGAGAAAGUGGUGUUUGGAGCAGCUUAUACCUGUUGGGUGUGAUGUUUUCUCCCUGCUUCAAAGACUAGAUUAGUUCAGUAAUUCACACGUACCUUAGAAUUUCUGACAUAUCCACAUUAAAACAAAAAAGCAAAAACAAAAACCCACCAAAAAACCCCAAACAAAAACCCAAACUCAAUUUUGUGCUCAAUUUGCAAAAGUUCAUAUUUUGCUGGAUUUUGUACCAAUGGGUUGCUCGCUUCUGCUGAAGUCCUGGGAGUUGCUCCUAUGAUAUCUGUUUUAAACUCCCACUGGCCUGAUAUAAAUUAGGUCAGGUUUAUGUCUUCAGUGAAGAAUUGGGCUUAACAACUCUUGCCAGGAACAAACAUCAGAAAUAAUCUGUAAAUAUAUUCUGUAGCUAACAUUUUGUAGUCACAGCAGCCUAACAGGUAUUUUUAAAUGUCAGGGUAUACAUACUUAAUACUUGGAUGCAUUUUUAUUUGUUCAGAGUUACACAGCGCUUUUUCAUGAUGUUUGCAUAACAAAAUUAAAGUCUCAGCACAGUCCUGUUCAAUCUUUUAUUUCCUCCUCUGCUCCUGCAUGUAAUAUCUGUGUCUAUUUCUUAGUUCCUACUAUCUUUCUGUGGUGCAGUUGGAAAGUGUCUCAGUAUUAAACAGUUGCCCACUAUUUAUGUAAGGACUUGGAGGAGACUUAUCAGGGUUGUCUGAUCCACUUGCAGAUCCUUAGGUAAAGAAAAAUGGUUAGUCUAAACUAGUUUAGGUCCCAAAUGAUGACAAAAGAACAAGCACUUUAGCUCAGAGAGUAGAGUCAAUAACUAAUGGAUAAUCUUCCGUGACCGUCCUAACAGCAUGAAAGGUGUCUGUAACCCCCCAGUCCAGCUGGGGACUGCUAACUUCCCUGCCACGCGUACUCCCAAGUGUACGUGUGAAGUUAGCAGCAGAGGACACUUGUAAUGCUUAAGAACGUGUACUCAUGGAAGCAGUAAAUGGUUUGUGUUUGUGUCCAGUCAACUUCCCCACUAUUCUUUUUUUUUUUUUUUUUUCUUACUGGAAGUAAUUUAUAUUGAAUCCCUUUUUUCUAGAAUGAUCUUUGCAGUGUACGUGGUCAGCCAUUUUGAUUACUGCAAGCGCACUCAUUUGCAGAGCCAUUGUGCAGGAGAGACUAAAAGUUGUUUACAAAUGUUCUACUCUAUUCUCAGCUCGGAUUAGUCUCUACAGGCUUAAAAUUCUCACGUACCUCUUUGGGAGACAUGCAUAAAGACGUUGUGCUAAAACCAAUGCUGUUCACGCUCAAUAUAAAAAUUUAAGAAAUCUGCAGUACGAAUUGUUAAUGUUACUGUUUGUUUGCUGAUUAUUAUCAUGAGCGGGAAAAAUCUAUAAUCAAUGUGUUAUACAAAAGAAUCGGAGGACCAAGGUUUCCAGCUACUUAUACUGCCUUUUUGAGUAUCUUAAACUGUGUCUUGAUUGGAUGGUGUUAAUUUGUUGUCUGAGACUGUUAUGGUGAUUGUAUUGAUUUAUUUUAUUUUAAAAUAUGUGGCAAGGAAGAUUGUAAUAAAAAUAUCUACAUUUAAUAUACCGUGCACAUACAUAUUGUUAGAUCCUAUUUUUGAAUAUGUUAAUCAUUUCAGAAUUAAACUGAACAAGAACAGUUUGAUAGUCUUGCUGAAUAAAGUGGAUGUUAUUAAAGGUUUCCUUAGUUAUAUCCUAGUACAGAGAAAGAGUAGUUAAUGGAUGAGUGCACAUUUGUGCGCUGUAGUCAUCUCCUUGUAAGAUAGUAGGUGUGUGGAAGUAACAUCCUUUUUUUUUUUUUUUUUUUUUUAUGGGAAGACAACUGCUGGCAUUCUGCACCACUUCUCUUGUAUGCCUCUUACUUGCAUGUGUAGGACCUCUCUGUCUUGUGCUCUUUAUUUCUGCACACACGGUGGGAAGAAGGGCUUGGAAUAAGAACCACAGCUCAUUUUUGGGUCUCUUUCUUGUACAGCAUCUAGCUGCACUUUCCCUCACAGAAUUUUUAUCUUGCUGUGUAGGUUAGAGCAUACAAGACUAUACAGUAGGAAACAAUUGUUCCUGCAUGUCAGAACAAGUGCUUCUGUCAGCACUCCACAGCAUCUCUGCUAUGGCAGUGUUUUGUGAGAGGGAGGGAGCAGGUAUCCAGUUUAGUGAGAGCACUGGUUAUUGGAGAAGGUGCUACAUCAUUAUGGUUACGCCCACGGGAGAAGUUUAGCUUAUAUUUUUACUAUAGAAAACCACCUCUCCUCAGUAAAGGUCCUUGCCCAUUUAAAGAGAACAUUUAGAAGCUGAGACGAGUUACAAAUUUUGGUCACGCUGAAAACAAACUAUUUCUUCAUAAAUGGAAACACAACCCCUUUUUUAUAUCCCAUUGCAGCCUUAUUGCCUCAUUGGCUAGUCAUUCAACUACUCUUAGAAUCACAGAAUGUGAUUAUUCAGAGAGCUGUUUUCAUGAAAGGCAUUGGCUUCUGGUAAAUGAGAGCCUACUGCUGAACAGUUUUGCAGCUUUCUAAAACACGUCCGUGAAAGACAUAUCAACCAUGGAAACUAAGCUUUGAGCUGUUCAAUCGCAGCCCCAAAAAUAGCUCUUCUCUUUUAAAUAAACAAGUAAAACAGCGACUUUAUACAUGCAUGCAGGAGCAGAUUUAAGGUAGAUGCACGAGGUCCCAUCAGAAUUUGGAGGAGUGUGCCCUAAGCUCCCAGCAAAGGGCGUUGAAUGCAGAAUGCAAGGGAGCUGAUAUUGUCAGCAUGCUUUUUCAGGAGAACCCAAGCUAGUUCUCACUUUUUCCAAAAGGGAAGAACGCAAUUUGUCUUUCAGCAGCCUAGGAAAGCUCCUGUCUGCUUCACCAGGAAACCAGUGCCAGGUGAUCAGUGCUACCCAAACCAGCCCCACCAGCCACCAGUGUGGUGCUUUUACUGCUCCAGCAGCAAUGGACCUCGAGGCAGAUGGGAUGCUCCUAAGUAUGGUCCUAAAUAAGCAGGCAUUGCUGACCCUGCCUCCACAGUGCAAAUAAUAGUAAUAAAUCCACAAUUUGCAGAGCAGUGAACAAGGCAGCACAUUAAUCAGAUAGAGAAAACCAGCAAUAUGAGAAGGCUGUGCCAUAUGUUACCACUGAAAUCACGUGUACUCCUUACCUAUUGCCCUUGUGGUUGCAUUGCUAUUUAGAAAAAUCUGUGUGUAGAAGAGCGUAAUAUAUGUACUCUGUGUGUGUGUGUUGAAGCUUUAUUUGCAGUGUGGUGGGGGUGGGAAACAGAAUUUGGGGGCUGGUUGUGUAGGCCUUCAGGAUGUGAGUAGAAGGUCUUAAAGAAUUAUAUUUUUAUAGAUUGUACUGAAGCUUUGGGUCCCAGCCACACAUAACCUUUUCUUCCAGAAAAGUAAAAUGGUUUGGAAAGAGAGUCAGGUGGCUGUAACAUAGUAGGGAUAGUACAGCCCCACCAGCCCUGGACAAACUGAAUAACUUAAUAAAAGAUGCCUUUUUAAGUAAUAUUUUUUUAGUGCUGAAUUGUUAACAAAGAAAUAUUUAUGAGCAAACUUUCUAUGUACUUACAGUUUGUGUGGUGCUUUGUACUGAUUAGGUGGACUUGUUAUAUGUUUACACAUCUUAAUGAUUGUCCUUGAGGCGUAUGUAGUAAUUCACUGACUUUUAUGCCAGAAAAACAAUGAAGUUCUGUGUAAUGGCAAGUUAUUUAAUUUCUAAUGACAUUGUAGGCUUUUGUAGUGUUUGUGUAUUUUUCUGGUUGGUGGUUACGAGUUGUAUUCGUUCUGCAGUAAGGCUUGUACGCUUGAUUGUAGAGAGAGGCAAUAGGAUGGUAGAUACCAUUGUUUAAAAAGAAAACCCUAAAUAUUGCUACCUUAUCCAUUAUAAAAUCAGGUAAGUUGUGGCAUAAGCCUGAAAUUUAGAUUUUGCAUUGGAAUGAAAUAGCAAAUACAUCUAGGGCAGGUUAAAAAUAAGUGAAGGAUUUGUUUAUUCAAUUAAUUAAGACUGGGGGAAUCUUAAAAAUGCUUAACAGCAACAUAUAAACAGACAAGCCAAGAGACUGGAACGAAACUAGCUCGUUCAUGUUUUAUGAACCAGCUUGUGCUGAAUGCAUGCAACAGAUAGAUGAAUAGGCUAAAUGGGAGAAAGUGAAGGAAUUUUUUUUGUUGUGUAGUUUGUCAGUUGUAAUAAUGUGAAGAAUUUUAGUAGGGUGAUCUGAAUUUAAAUUCAUAAAUAUAUUAGCUUUCAGAAGAGUUGAGUUACCAACAAAAUCCCAUUCAGUCAACAAGCAAGCUGUUAGCAUGUUUGAAAAUCAUUUCUCCAUCUUGCUAUACUUACUCGAGUGUCUCUUUCUUAUGGUGACAAGGGCUAAAGCACAACUGUCCAUAUACAUACAUACAUAUAUUUAUAUAUAUAUAUAUAAAUAUAAAUAUAAAUUUUUUUGGUUGUCAUUUGGGGGUUUUCUAUAAAGUGCAACAUAAAUCAGUUUGUGGACUAUGGUUCUCUGCUGAAUGUUGUGCUCCUACCACAUCAGUUGGCGAUCUGGAAAAACUGAGCAUUGUUUAUUAUGUCUCUUUUAAGAAACAUGGCAGCAUCCUCACCACGCUUCUGAAUAAAUCACUACUGCAAAAAGUAGAGGUGAAUUUAUCAUAAGUUUUUCUCUCAAGAGUUUCUGAGUUCUGGGUAUUGUUAAAAGAGAAGUACUUCUGCUUUGCUGAGUUAGCAAGAAAAAUAUCACCGAGAUUAUUAAUGCAUUGUUGAGGAGAGAGGCUCCGGAAAGGAACAGCUAUGUUUUGCAUGCUUCACUGGUCCUGGCUUUUCCUCCCCUGGGGAUCUGUGGGUGCAGUAUACCCAUGGUGUUGGCAGAGUGACUGUUUUGCCUGCACCCUCCCUUGGGGGAAACGCAGAGGAGUUGUUCUGAGCCAAAGCUUUGGUUUAGCACAACUCUGUAAGUGCUUUAAAGUGCAUGAUGAACAGCACACUGCUUUCCUGGCUGUAGUGUACGGCAGCAGGGGUAUUCCUGUUUUAGUAACCUGGUUUAGCCAUGCAAUUUCCCUAGGCUUCAUCUGUAGGCCAGGGAGAACAAGAGACUCUAAAAGUGAAUUAUUGAGAUGAUUUAGUCUAAGCUCUUGUUCUUUGGAAAUGAAAGGUAGAGAAUUAUCAGCUGUUAUGAUAGAUCUAACUUAUCCAGCUGAGCUAAACCAUAAAACUGUGCCCUAACCUUCCUCCCCCAUCACUUGUGCUGGCCCUGGUACUUGCCUGUCCCCAUAAUGAGUGAAGUGAAGGAUCUAAAACCAAUGGGGAAUUUAUCCAGCCAAAACCCCUGAAGUUUUCAUCCUCUUCAGUUUCCCUAACCAUCUCAUCCUGGGAACAGGCAGGCAGUUGUGCUGCUGCUAGGGAGGCGCUGGGAAGAUGCAGCUGGACAAAAUGGUUGAGGAUGGGGUUGCAUCUUGCAAUGCUGGGUAAGCAGAACCUCAUUGCAAAGCUGCACUAUUAGUGGUAAAGAAAAUAAGCUUUUGUCAGCUAAGCACUUGAAAGAAGAGCUGCAGAUUUAGUAAUCCGAGUUUGGUAGUAAUCCAGCCCAUCCCCUUUAUCGCAAAAAAAUUAUAGUACUAAAAGAUUUUGUGUGACUGUUCUUAAUCAUCUAUGUGAUGUUUGUGUCUAUCAGAGUAGAAAAUAGGAUAGAAUAAAGCAGUUACCUAACUAGGGAACAUAGUAGGAAGAUCCAGUUGGAGAGAGUUUCAACUCCGCUUUCACAGCACUUGCAUAGUGUCAGAAUUAUCCAGGUCUGGCUCUUUUCCUUCCUGUCCCCUCUAAGUAAGGAAGAAAUCACAUAAAUAAGUAAGUAAGUAGAUAAAUAAAUAAAGUUAUCUGGGAAUUUAAGUGGCAUUAUUAUUUAUUUCUGCCUACAGAUUUUUAAAUCUUACCACACCAAAGGUGUCUAGUUCACAAGGGAUUUUCGGAAGAUGCCUUGCCAAGCAAUGUGAUACAGCCUGUCACAGCUGGCUUGGAGCACAGCACGCUUCUUGUGAUAUGCCAUGUGACACAUGUUGGGAUACAACCAUCAGAUGAGUACUCCUGUCCCGUGGCCUACAUUUAGUAGAGCACAUGUAUUCACAUGUGCAGUAUAUGUGAAUUCCCUUGCUAGAGAAGAAAACUGGAGAUGUGAUGAUGGAAGGAAGCGCAGGAGAAUUUAGCACCAUCCAGUGAUCUUUCAUCCAACGAUCAGUCAUUUGCUGUUGGUGAUUGAUAGUGCAAUGUCUCCCUUUCAGUAUUUUCUUUCUGGAAGAUGGGAGGUGACAGCCUGUGUGCCGUUUUAAUAUGCUUUUAGCUGGCUGAAUGGGAAAUAUAAAUCAAAAUGGUUAAAAGUGGAGGGGAGGGACAGCCAUGAAUUUGCCUAAGAUCUAAG